GUCCGCGCCCGCCUGCGGCGGCUCUGCGUAUCAUGGCGGGCCACGCCGCGCUACCGCAUUCUUCCGCUGGGCCCCAGAAAGUUUCGCUUCUGCCCAGCGGUGGACGCACGAGCGCGUGCCACCAUGGGGUCUGACCUUUGCUGACUGGACCCGGGCAGGAGGCGCACAGCCGAGAGAGGAGGCCUGCAGCCAGCUGAGAUGGCUUCUCCCAUGGCAGAGAGCCAGCUCCAGAGAAUCAUCCGCGAUUUGCAAGAUGCUGUGACCGAGCUAAGCAAAGAAUUUAAGGACGCAGGGGAGCCCAUUACAGACGACAGCACCAGCCUGCAUAAGUUUUCUUACAAACUUGAGUAUCUCCUCCAAUUUGAUCAGAAGGAGAAGGCUACCCUGCUGGGCAGCAGGAAGGACUACUGGGAUUACUUCUGCGCCUGCCUGGCCAAGGUGAAAGGAGCCAAUGACGGGAUCCGAUUUGUCAAGUCGAUUCCGGAGCUCCGAACAUCUCUGGGAAAAGGAAGGGCGUUUAUUCGCUACUCCUUGGUGCAUCAGAGGCUGGCAGACACGUUACAGCAGUGCUUCAUGAACGCCAAGGUGACCAGUGACUGGUACUACGCAAGGAGCCCCUUUCUGAAACCGAAGCUGAGCUCCGACAUCGUGGGCCAGCUGUACGAGCUGACCGAGGUUCAGUUUGACCUGGCGUCGAGGGGCUAUGACUUGGACGCUGCCUGGCCGACAUUUGCCAGGAGGACGCUGGCCCCUGGCUCUUCUGCUUACCUGUGGAGACCCCCCAGCCGCAGCUCCAGCAUGAGCAGUUUGGUGAGCGGCCACCUGCAGACUCAGGAGAUGGCCUCCAGCUUCGACGUGAGCAGCCCCUUAAACAAUGAGGCACUGGAGGGCUUCGACGAGAUGCGGCUGGAGCUGGACCAGCUGGAGGUGCGGGAGAAGUGGCUGCAGGAGCAGUUGCAGCAGCUGGACAGGGAGAACCAGGAGCUGAGGGCAGCUGUCAGCCUGCAGGGCGAGAAGCUGCAGGUGGAGAGGGAGCGGGGUCACGCCGCUGCCGAGGACAACGCCCGCCUCACUUGCAUGAUGGCCGAGCUCCAGAAGCAGUGGGAGGUCACCCAGGCCACCCAGGACACCGUGAAGGAGCUCCAGAAGUGCCUGCAGGCCCUGGAGCUGGGGACAGCAGAGAAGGAAGAGGACCACCACGCGGCCCUGCGGCGGCUGGAGUCCAUGCUCCAGCCCCUGGUGCAGAAGCUGGAGGCCACACGGGACUUGCUGGGCCGGAAGAACCAGCAGUUAGCUCACGUCCCAGGCCAGCCGGGCACGGCUGAGCAGCAGGCAGAUAUGGCCCCGGACCCAAAGGGGCAGCAAGAGCUUCUCCCCAGGGACUCGGCCCCGGAGGUCCAGGAGCUGCAGGAGAAGCUUCGAGCCCUGGAAAGAGAGAGCACCAAGACCCAGGAGCUCAACAGGCAGCAGAAUGCGCAGCUGGAGCAGCUGGCCAAGGAGCUGCAGCUGAAGGAGGAGGCCCAGGCCGACCUGGAGCGCCUGCGGAAGGAGACGGCCCCGCUCCGGGAAGAGCUGGCUGCGAAGGGGCAGGAGGCAACCCAGCUCCGGCGACAGCUUCGGGAGGCUCUAGCCCACCUGAGUUCCGUGGAGCAGGAGCUGGCGGAGGUGAGGCAGGAGGAGCGGCAGCGGCGAGAGGAGAAGGAGCUGCUGGAGCAGGAGGCCAGGGCCCUGGCGCGGCAGCUGCGGCUCCUGGAGCCCCAGCUGGCCCAGCUGAGCCAGCAUGUGGGUGACCUGGAGGAGCAGAAGAAGCAGCUCAUUCGGGACAAAGACCACCUGAGCCAGAAGGUGGGGCUGCUGGAGCGGCUUGCCAGGCAGCCGGGCCCAGAUCUGCCCACGGCAGGGGAGAAGCCCGAGGCCCGGGGCCCCCCAGAUUCCACCCUGCGACCGGUCUUCAAGAAGCCGGAGGAGGAGCAGAGAAGCCCCCAAGAGGGACAGACGGGAGAUGCCCAGAUGCGAGGGAGCGGUCAGGAGGAGAAGCUCCAGCAGGCCAACAGGGAGCUGGAGAAGGAGCUGCAGAAUGUGCUGGAGCUCAACCAUCUCCUCGAGGGCAAGCUGCAGGCCCUGCAGGCUGAUUACCAGGCCCUGCAACAGCGGGAGGCAGCCAUCCAGGGCUCCCUGGCCUCCCUGGAGUCUGAGCAGGCCAGCAUCCGGCACAUGGGUGACCAGAUGGAGGCGAGCCUCCUGGCUGUGAGGAAGGCCAAGGAGACCAUGCGGGCCCACGUGGCCGAGAAGGAGGCCGCCCUGCGGAACAAGGAGGCCGAGUGCCAGCAGCUGCGGGAGGAGGUGGGGCAGUGCCGGCAGCUGGCCGAGGCCCAGGAGAGGGAGCUCAGGGCUCUUGAGAGCCAGUGCCGCCAGCAGACCCAGCUGAUCGAGACCCUCACGGCUGCAGAGAAAGGCCAACAGGGGCUCGGUGCACCUGAAGACAGUGCACCCCAGGACCCAGCCCCCCAGCUGGCCCUGUGUCAGGCCCAAGUGGAGACCCAGCAGGGAGAGGCUGGGCACCUGCCUGCUGAGGUGCUGGACCUUCAGGCCAAGCUCCAGGCAGCCUUGGGUAACCAGGAGAAGGUACAGGGCCAGCCGAGCGUGGCCGAGGCUGCUCUGAGGGAGCACGGGGCCCUGGUGCAGCAGCUGAAGGAGCAGAACGAAGCUCUCAGGGGGGCCCACGGUCAGGAGCCGCUGCAGCGCUCGGAGCGGGAAGGGGCACCGUGGGAGGAGAGGACUGAGGAGGAGGAGCGGUCAAGGGCAGAAUGCAGCUCCCCGGAAUCCCAGCUGGAACAGGCCGAGCCACAGGAGCAGCUGCCCGUGGCUAGCCCAGCCACUGACGAGCCGGGCAUCCAUAUCUGCACGCAGCUUGCUGAGAAAAAGCGGGCCGAGGAGGCCCUGGCCUGCGCCGUCCAGGAGCUCCAUGACGCCAAACGGGAGGCCUCGAGGCAGCGAGAGGGCCUGGAACAGCAAGUGGCGGGACUGCAGCGAGAGAGGGACGGCUUGCAGGAGAGGCUGAAGGUGGCCGAGGAGGCAGCCCGCUCCCUGCCCAGCCUGCAGGCCCAGCUGGCCCAGGCCGAGCAGCGGGCCCAGAGCCUCCAGGAGACCGCACACGAGGAGCUCAAUGCCCUCAAGUUCCAGCUGAGCACCGAGAUCAUGGACCACCAGAGCCGACUGAAGACUGCCAGUGAAGAGUGCCAGAGCCUCAGGGACCAGCUUGAGGAGCGAGGCCGGCAGCUGCAGGCUGCCGAGGAGGCAGUGGAGAGGCUGAAGGCCGCUCAGGCAGAUCUGGGAGAGCAGCUGAGCAGCACCAGCAAGCGUCUUUCUGAGAGCCAGGCUGCCGUGCAGAAGAAGGAUGAGGAGGGGGCCGCCCUGCGCGAGAGCUUGGACAGGACCCAGAAGGAACUUGAAAAAGCCACGACAAAAAUCCAAGAGUAUUACAACAGACUCUGCCAGGAGGUGACAAACCGGGAGAAGAAUGACCAGAAGAUGCUUGCGGACCUGGACGACCUGAACAGAACCAAGCAGUACCUGGAGGAACGGCUGAUCGAGCUGCUCAGAGACAAGGAUGCUCUCUGGCAGAAGUCAGAUGCCCUGGAAUUCCAGCAGAAGCUCAGUGCUGAGGAGCGGUGGCUCGGGGACACGGAGGCGAGCCACUGUCACGACUGCAAGCGAGAGUUCAGCUGGAUGGUGCGACGGCACCACUGCAGGAUCUGCGGCCGCGUCUUCUGCUACUACUGCUGCAACAACUACGUCCUGACCAAGCCCAGUGGCAAGAAGGAGCGCUGCUGCCGAGCCUGCUUCCGGAAGUUCAGCGACAGCCCCGGCUCCCCUGACAGCGCCAGUUCCGGCACCAGCCAGGGGGAGCCCAGCCCUGCACUGUCGCCAGCCCAAGCUGGGCCCCAGGCCAUUGGAGGCCAAGACGCUGACUGCAGGCCGCCAGAUGAUGCCGUGUUUGACAUCAUCACAGAUGAGGAGCUGUGCCAGAUCCAGGAGUCCGGCUCCUCCUUGCCUGAAACACCCACCGAAAGCGACUCCCUUGACCCGAACUUGCCUGAACACACCCCAGUCCGUCUCCAAGGAAGACCACUCAGAUGCCCAGCGAUACUGAGCCAAACUCGUGGAGACUGUCCCUGCGCCUCAGAGCCCCUUUGCCGGGACACCCUGUCAACCUUGCUAACCCCCGAGGACACUGAAGACAUGCCGCCGGGGCAGGAUGCCGAAAUCUGCUUGCUGAAGUCCGGAGAACUGAUGAUAAAAUUACCCCUCACGGUGGAAGAGAUCGCCAACUUUGGGGAGAGCAACCGGGAGCUGUUCGUACGGUCCGGCACCUACAGCCUCAUCCCCAUCACCGUGGCCGAGGCAGGCCUCACCAUCAGCUGGGUCUUCUCCUCCGACCCCAAGAGUAUCUCCUUCAGCGUGGUCUUCCAGGAGGCGGAGGACACACCGCUGGAUCAGUGUAAGGUGCUCAUCCCCACGACCCGCUGCAGCUCCCACAAGGAGAGCAUCCAGGGCCAGCUCAAGGUCCGCACGCCGGGCACCUACAUGCUCAUCUUCGACAACACCUUUUCCAGGUUUGUCUCCAAGAAAGUGUUUUAUCACUUGACAGUUGACAGGCCUGUGAUCUACGAUGGAAGUGACUUCCCGUAGCCUCAAGCACCUGGAUUCUAGAUUCUAAUAGUUUCACUUUACCCACAGGAAACACUACUCUUGCUCACCUUUCACAUAAAGCACUGAAAAACAAACAAAACCCCCAAAAGCAGCCGCUCUGAAUGUGACCAGUGUGUGACUCUGGGAGACAGGCCCCCGGCCACCCCUCAAAGCACUGUGUCCUCAGGGCUCUGCACCGUCACUCUUAGCUUCUGUAGCUUUUAAGGGCUCAAGCAGCGUUUCCAGGGAUUAGGGACCCAACUGUCCUCACACCCAACGAGACACUCUGCCAAAGGUUUAAACACUCAGGAGACCCUCGACCCCUCCUGGAGCCACAGCUGGUCCCUGGCCUCCGUGGAGAGUUGCACAGGCCAGAGUCAGUGAUCCCAGCUUCUGCGCGUGAAGAGAAAGGGCCCCCUCUGCCCAGCGAGGGCCAGGCAUCCUGGGUGACCAUGAGCCGGGAUGUCCUGGCCAGACCCUCUGAGUCCUCAGGCUGCAAGGCCCUCUUCCCAAGAAAAGGAGGCCAUAGGGCCAUCGUGAGAGUCAGGGUGCCCCGGCAUGGGGGGGGUGGCUCCUGAAGCCCCAACCAGCCUCUUCCCAUCAGGCCUCUGUCCCUUCCUGCCCCAGUAAAUUUGGGGCUGCUCCAAUACGCAGCAAUUUCGGAGGGGCCUCUAGCUGCACAUUCUUCCUGGCCCUUCCAUCUGGGAAGUUCUGUCCUCGUGCAAAGCCCUUCACUCAGGCAGGCCCCUCAGUAGUUGAAAACAUCGGCCAAGAAAUCAGAAGUGAAGAUGCUUGGGGAAACCGAAGCCACCACACGGAGGACGUGUCCUGCAGGCACUGUCUGCACGGACGACGACAGUGUGACCGCAAAGCGGCACCGUGCGUGGCCCUUAGGACUCGCUACUCAGCGGCUGGGCUGUCUGUGUAUGUAAGUAAGAGCUUCCGCCUCGUCCUUAGACACGUUUACUAAUGCUCAUCAACAGGGUAAGAACCACGUCCAAAAAUCGGGCCUUCUCAACAAAAGUCUUUGGUGACUCAAGUGUAACAGGCAUAAUUCAUGAAUCUGCUUUGAGGUCACCUCGUGGUCCCCACUCCCCACCCGUCUGGUCCCCGGCACCCCGUGUGCCCACUUCCUGUGGCUCAGUCUACACCUGACAGCCAGGAGCCAUCUCCCCAUGGGGCCGAUGAAUCCAGUUUCCCUUCCCUGGCCAAGAAGGAGAUGGUCUUCCUGUUGUCUCUGGGCCUUUUCUCCUCCCACCGUAGGGAGCUCACCUUUGCUGGCCUCUCGGGGAGGCCAGAGCCUGAAGUCAGGGCUCAGACCUGCACAGGUGAGCAGACCAUCUGAUGAUGGGGCCCUUUGCCCAGGGAUGAGGGAGAGCACCGGGCAGCGUUUCUGGGGAUCUGAGCGCUGGGCCCAGCCCGUUCCCCAGCUGGCCUGGUGACCAGUCAAGUCACACCACGUGGAAGCUUCAUUCUGUCACCCACGAGCCUGGUCGGGCUAAUGUUGAGAGGUCAAGCACAGGUCAGAGCCACCCAGCCGGGUGCAGCACAGACCCCAUAGCCACCACCCAGCAGAGGGGACUCGGAGCUUUCACUCAAAUAGGGGACUUGGCCACUUGCAGUCAGUUUAGGCAGGGCGGGGGAGUGGGCGGUGAACAGAACCUUCCUGAGAGAUUAGCCCAGAGAGAAGCCGAGCCUCUUGCCCUCUUUCCUUGGAGCAGCCAGCCGCCUCUGGCAGGAAACCACCAGGGUCCCUAGCAUCUUCCAGUGGCCAGGGUCUUGACUGUGCUCAGCACCAAGGCAGAAAGCAGCCAGGCUCCCAGAGACUCUCCCUAGCCUCACGCUUGUCCUCACGGGUGUCCCACAGAGCCUGAGGAUUGUUCCAGAGCAAGUUACCCUGCCUUUGAGCCCACCGUCUCCUCUGGAAAGGGUAAUCAGGAUGAGUGGUUUACCACAAGAAAACUAGCAAAAGAGAACCCAAAGCAGUCUGGAGUCUUGUUUUGAGUGCUUUCCCAGGAUGCCGUGGAGACUGGCCAGUGGAUGGUGUUGCCACCAUCCUGUGCAGCUAACAGCCCCUAUGUUUCCUGCCAACGGCCUGGAACAUUCCAUCCAAGCCCCCUGGUGAACCUCUGUCACUCAACCUGGCAGGGGACCAACUACAGCUUAAAAACUACUCGGUUCUUGCAAAGCCAGCCCAGAGCCACUCCCCCCCCCCAGAGCAGGGGCCCCUUGUGGUGUGUACCCCCUGGAAUGUUGACUACGGUCUUUCAGAGGACUGCCCGCUCCCCCAGCGGUCACAUCUUGACUCUGCAACCUAUUUAUUUUUGUGCUGGACAGACUUUUUUUCCCUUGUUACUUUGCCGUGUGAGCCCGAGUUUGCUGUGCAUUAUGCAACUGGAGAACAUGGUGGCCUGUUUCAGCGUGGCUUGUAUGAAUAGCUUUAUUCUUAUUUUAAACAGGUUCCCGACUUUACUGAGGAUUUUUCGGGUCGGGGUACUUUAAAAAAUGCAGAUGACAUUGAAGAGUAGCUAUUAAAGGCGGUGGCCCCAGCCCGUAGCCUGAGUAACACUAGAAAUCAUCAGUGGGACCCCAGAUCACUAUUCAACACAAAACAAAACAAGAAAGCAAAAAUCCAGCAGCCCCCGGAUGGCCCGGCUCUCUGAAUAACAGCCGUUCCCUCUGUAGCGCUGAUCCCGCUGCAUUGUUCGCCUCUGCCUGGGCCCCAGCCACUAAUCUUAACCUUGCCCGAGAAUACGGCCCCUCAGGCACACUCACCCACAGCGAGGAAGGGCGUCGGGAUAAAGCAUGGCCACUGCAGCACGCCUGUGGCCGGAGCCUGCGGGACUCCAGGUCAACCAGACCAAGAAGGAAUCUAGAACUGAAAAACCCUACCGAGUUUGAAAAGUAGAAAAGGAAAAGCCACAUAACAUAACUGAAAAAUCAAGAGGAUGGCUUUUCUGAAAUUUUUCAGUUAUCCGCUCCCUGGGUGGGCUAGCCGUCCUAGACUCAAAUGAAAGGAAAUCCCAUUUGGGGGUGACGGCUCCGAGUCUGUGCCUUAUGGGAUACUGGUGAGAUGGCCGCUGAUUUUUCAGUUUUUUUAGGAGUUUCAUUUUUUAAAAUCCACCUUCGUAACUACAUGAGAGCCCCAUCCGUGGCUCCAAGGGGUUGAGAAUGAGAGCAGAGAGAGGCGUCCGUGAUUCAGAGAAGCAGGGGUCGCCCUGCACAGACCAGUGAGCCAGCCAGUCAUGUUUACCAAACACUUAGCUUCUUCAUGGAAACCUGGAGAAGUGUUUUCAUCGCAUUGUGAUUCUUCCAAGGAGAUGGGAAAGACGGAAUUAAUAACGCCUUUUUCCUCAUAAUCGCUUUUAAAAAAUAAUGCGGUCUGUGUUUAGAUUUCAGGAGACAGGGCCGAUGAACAGGCUUCCUUAGAGCCUCUUGACGAAUGUUAUCCAGAGACGCUCUUGCCUCUGGGGGCCGCAGAGCAGCGCCCGCGCGUCCGUUGGGCGGCUUCCAAAGCCGAAUUGCACUUUCAUUGAUGAAUCCUCAGUUCUCGAGGCCUUAUGGGAUAGUGGGUCUGGGAACCCAUUGCAUUCUUACCUGCCAAAGAAUUACCCAGAAGCACAUCAAAUGCCAGCACCCCACCUGCGUGACGGGGUGAGAAACCUUUGUGUCCCCAAACGUACUCCAUUAUAGCGCCUGCUGCACCAUUUGGAACAGUUUUAUUUUUAACCUCAGGAUUUAAAUAAAGCAAACACUAUGACAA